GAGUACAACAGAAUGAGCCGUGGCGUUCGGUCGUCAAUGCCGACACGCUAGCUUCCUCAAAAUAAAAAUAAAUCAGUUAUUCAGCCGUCGGAGCCAUGUGGGCCCGUGUGUUGUUCUUGUGCAUCAUUUUUUAUACUGCACGAUGUUCGUUGAGAACCGAUCAAGAAUAUUGGACAAGUCUAGCAGAAAACGAGCUGCAAGAAGCAUUAAAAGUGAAAUUAAACAUUGGAGUGGCUAAAAACGUUAUAAUUUUUAUUGGAGAUGGCAUGGGACCUAACACAGUGACUACCACUAGAAUUUAUAAAGGCGGGGAAUCCCAUCGGCUGGAGUUCGAGAAAUUCCCUCAUGUUGGCCUUUUGAAGACGUACUCAGCUAACGCCAUGGUGCCUGAUUCGGCUUGCACGGCCACGGCAAUGUUCUGCGGAGUCAAAGUCAAUAAGGACACAGUAGGCGUGGACGCGAGUGUCCAGAGAAAAGACUGUGAGAGAUCUUUGCAACCAGAAGCGAGACUAAAUUGCUUGGCUGGAAUAGCAUUACAAGCAGGCAAAAGUGCUGGUUUCGUGACUACCAUGCGCGUAACCCACGCGACACCCAGUCCCCUGUACGCCCACAGCGCUGACCGCCUCUGGGAAUGCGAAGACCACAUGCCCGUCUCCGCCAAGCAGUGCAAGGACCACGCCCGUCAACUCUUCGAAGAAUGGCCUGGCAGGGAUCUGAAUGUAAUAAUGGGUGGUGGUAAACAAUCCCUAGUGUCUAAUAUAGUUGCUAACCCUGAUCCCUGGACGUGUACCACCAAAGACGGUCGGGAUAUGAUCGAAACGUUCAGGAAGGACAAGGAGAGUCGCGGGUUGAACUACAGCGUGGUGUCAAAUACCGGGGAAUUGAAGAAUUUCAACAAAGAGUCCGACUAUCUCCUAGGAAUUUUCGCGAACAGUCACAUGGAUUACGAAUACCAAAAAGAUAAGAGCCCUGAAGGAAUGCCAUCAAUAUCAGAAAUGGUAGAAGCAGCUAUCACUGUUUUGAAGAGAAAUGAAAAUGGAUAUUUUCUUAUGGUAGAAGGCGGUAACAUAGACAUGGCCCACCACCGCGGCCGAGCUAAGCUUGCCAUCAGCGAGGCGGCAGCCAUGGAAGAAGCGGUGAAGGUAGCUGCUACGAUGACUGAUGAGGAAGACACAUUGCUUAUUGUGACCAGUGAUCAUACGCACACGCUGAACAUAAACGGAUACCCGGCCAGGGGGUCUAAUAUAUUUGGUGUAGCGGAAACAUCUCCAUACGACGGCGUGAACUACACCACCCUUGCCUACACGACCGGUGGACCGGAUUCCUUCCAAUACUUUGCGCAGACGGAAGACGACAACCGAACCCGCGUGAUGAGACGAGACCCUGGGUUGGAAGACACAGACAGCAUGGAGUAUAAGCAGAUCGCCGCUAUAACACUGGCGGAGAACAGUCAUGGCGGGGGCGACGUUAUAGUCUACGCUAGAGGUCCACAUGCACACUUAUUCCACAACGUUCACGAGCAAAACUAUGUGUUUCACGUCAUACAAUACGCAGCAAAAAUUGGUGCUUACGACUCGUCUAAGCCGUCAGCAGCUUCAGAUAUUUUUCUUAACAAUGUAUUAACGACAAUAGCUACUGCUACUCUGUUAUUAUUAAGCUAGACUUCGACUAAGCCAUUGAAAGAAAAAUCAAUACACUUCCAUGUGGACAAGGUUGUGGCAAACUAAAAACCUAUAGUGUAGAUUUUCCACGUCGUAAGUUACGAGGCACUGUAUUUUAUAUUUUUUUUUUCUUUUUUAAAUUCAAAAUAAUAUAUUUUGACAUCCAUCCGUGAUGUGGCAAUAGAUGUAACGGACAAGCCUUCCCAAUUCAGGAUCAAAGUAACAAAGGGCCACCCCGGGCUCCUCUCCAGAGGUAAGAAAGUAAACCCUGAUAACGCCGGAGGAAAACAGGCUAGCCAAAAUGAUAUAUGAAAUGUUUGUAUUGUUAGGUACAGCAAAACAGUCGCUUCCAAAUAAACAUGAACCCUGUUCAAGCAAACCAAAAACUUUGGGGAGUCAAGAUUAUCUGCAGGCGACUGAACAUAUCCGAAAUAAUUUAUUUUUAAUUAUUUAAAUCAUCAGUAUUUAUUAAAUAAGGUUUAAUUUUAAGUCUAUUAGUCAUUUAGCAUUUAAUGAAAAAAAAAAACUAUUUUACAAUUAUGUAUGUUUUAUUGUCACGACACGGACAAAAUACACUUACAUAAGUCAGA